CUGCUUGAAUUAAUAAUUCUUUAAACUACAACUACCUUAAUAUUUAAUUAUAGCCAAUUAGUGCACCCAUCCACGUUCUGGAACUAUCCAAGAAUUAAUAAAUUUUCUUGUAUUUGUCCAUUUAUUUGAGUCAACCGCAAUUUGUUCCCUAUUGAAAUCCAUAGAAAUUGAACAAUCUAAUCUCAAAAUUUUCUUCGGAAGGUCAGUGAUAGAGUGGUUGGCUGUUAAAGGUUAUGUUUUGACCGUCAGUACCUCCGUAUAGGUCGAGGAUAAUCCGUUGUCCCAUAUCCCAAUGAGAAACUAACUUUCCUUCAGCGAUGAAGAUCAAAGCGAGUUACAGAAAUCGGCCAUUUGCUGGUGGAGAAUGCCGGAAGAAUUCGAUUAAAAUGGGCAUUUCAAAAUUGACAAUUCUGAUUUCUCAAAUCUCACUCCAAGAAUCAAAGUGCUGCGAGAAAUGGAGAGGCUGGCGUUUGUUGCUGUUGAAGGAUUUGAAGAUCUCCGGCAUAAGCUGAUAAGUUACCGGCCCGGCGACUUCUGGUUGCCGGUCGGCGGGAUCAAGAAGGAAGAUAUGGAUAUACCGGCUGUGAUCACAAUUCUUCUUGUGGGGAUUUCUGGUUCUGGGAAAAGUUCUUUUAUCAACUUGAUGUAUAGUGUUCUUGGAAUAUUUGGCCUCAUCCCUUUUGCUCAAACAUCAGGCGAAUCUUCAAAUUAUACGACAAUGUUUCUAGAGGAACACAACAUUUUGAGAUCACCAAGAAGUGGAUUUUGUGUGUACGAUACGAGGGGCUUAGAUCAAAACCAAAUGAAUGACAGCUUAGAGAGGGUUUGGACAUGGAUGUCAACCGGUGUACGCCAUAACCAGCCUUGUUACAGGCCUGGGGAUGAGACUGGUGGAUCAAUGGGGAUGUCAAAUUCAAGAUAUGUUAAGAGACAGGUCAAUUGUGUAAUGGUUGUGGCAGAUUUAUCCAAAAUUCACGAGGCAUUCAUAUAAUGUGGUGACUAGAAGCCAGUGGAGGCACUAAAAGACCUCUUCCAUUUGCCAUCUAUAAAAAAAUGCAGUAAGUUUUGUCACUUUAUCCAAUCUUUUAAAUUAUUGUCGCAUGGAAAUAGAACAUGAGACACGACAAGUGAAAAUGUCGUUUUGAAAAGAGUAUGAUACAUAAAGAUUGUAGAAUAAUAGUACACAGUGCCAAUCCCUAGAUGACGAUCACAAACCUUGUGUUCCAAAAUUUAAUUUGAAAUUAUUUUUCGUGUCAAUAGCUUAGCGGUAGAGUGAUCUAUUUUUCGUUAUUCUUGUAAGUGGCAGAGGAGAAUCCUAUAUUGAUUCUAACACAUAGAGAUACAUUGAAUGUGAGGAUAGAAUUAAUGACCGGCUGAAGGUCUGAGAAUAUCUAGGU